CUUCAGAAUUAUGUCAUUUGAUUUAUCUCAGAUUUUGUUUAUGCAAGUGCUAAUAUGUUCCUUGAACUUGCUGCAUAUCAUACUGAUAAAGGCUGAAGACCAACAGAAAUAUACUUGAGCCUAGACUUGGAUCUAUCUCUUUUUUUUAACGCAAUGUGUCCAAAAUUUCUGUUUGAGAUUACUUUAUUUAUAAAGAAAAUGCAAUAAUUUCAUGAUUUCUUCACAGUUUCAGUCGUUUCAGUGUGGUUUAUUAUAAGAUUCUCAUCUAGUACACUUAUAUUCUAAGGAUAAAUGGCAACACUGUGCGCACCCCAUUUCCAUUACAGAAAGCGUCAAUUGUCAAUUUUGUUAUGAUCAUAAUUCGUUAUUGGCUGUGUGGUUAUUGGGUAUGAUUACAAGGCAAAAGAGAAGUGAUUUACUAUUUUUUAGAUAGUUUUUAGAUGUUUUAAGAAAUGUGUGACUCAUCAAAUAAUACCGAUAAUGUUUUGAGCAAUUUUCCACUUUGUCUAAGGAAAAACAUAGAAGAAUUAUGUUUACGAAGCACAAUAGGUUUCCUUCCCAUAAAUCUAGAAGAUAUCGUACUUAAUACGAAUAAUCACAGCGUAGAUAAAGAUAUUCUAAGCAAUUUUCAUUUUUUAUUGAAAGUUCCUUAUGCUGGAAAAAGACUCAAAUGGGAGGUUAUUUUUGAUCCGGAGAAUUUUAAUUUUGCUCCCGAUUUUGACUUUAAUGAUGAAGAAUUUUUGAGUUACCCUGACGUAGAUAGAGUAUCAGAAAAUGUACCGAGUUGGAAAAAUUGGAAUAUAAAAAAUCCCAAAUCUCUAGCACAAGUGUUGAAUGAGUUUCUGAUUCUGUACAAAAAUUACCAGAUUGAAAAAUUAAACUUAGAAAACAUGUAUUCACGAUAUUCCAAUGAAUAUAAAACACUAAUUAAUGGAAAAGAUGGCAUAGAGGCUGACAAUAUUCAAGUUAACAUUGAAGGAAACAUUAUUACUUUUCUAAUAGUACUAAAAGUAGAUUGUUCUUCUUUGCCACAGUACAUACAACCAAUGCAUUACAAAGGAAGUAAUCUUUCUGAACAUAUAUUAUACAACCAAGGCAAUGACUUCUGUCACUUAAAAAUCUCUGUAUCAAAGUUAGAAAAUGCCCAAUCCAACUAUUCCUUAAAUCUAUCACCAAGACUGGAACAAAUUUUAGGAAAUUUUAAAGUUCCAGCUAAUGAUUUUAAAAAAGACACUUCACUGACAGAUAUAGUGUUUACCGUUAAGAGGAGCCUUGAAAAUAGACUUCAACAAAUCGCCAAUCACUAUAGAACGAAGAAGAGUUAUGUACUGAACAUAACAAGUUCAUGUUUUAGGAACAUUAUUGAAUAUGAUGUACUCACUUUCAGUAAAGUUGUUUUUAUGUAUGCUAUAGACGACUACAACUGUUUGGUUACUGUUAACAUAGGUACAAAGUUUCCUAUAGAAAAACCUUUAGUUAUAUUAACUUCGGUGUAUUGUCCAGAAACAAAAUCUUGUAACCAGGUUGUCGACAAAUAUCCAUACAAUCCAGGACUUAAACCAGAGGACAACAUUAAACAAUUAUUGGAAUAUUUACAUGAUGUUGUGCAGGAAUUCAAAGCACAUACUCAUUAGAUAAGAGUUAUUUUGUUAUUCAUUUUCUAUUCAGUUGAGAAUUAAAAUAAGUGUGUUU